CCGAUGUCUCUCGACUGCGGAUUUCGCAAAGCGACUCGUCAUUGACCAGACGUGCUAGGAGCAGUGCCGAGCAGUCUUCUGAAAUACAUUAAUAAAAAAGAAAAGAAAAGGAAAAGAAAAAUAAAAAACAAAGCCCCCUUCCUCCCAUCUGGGCAAAAAGCUCCGCCUUCGUCAUGGUGCCGGGGAAGCUGUCGCCGUUUCUCGAGCGAGCGGACAAGACGCAGGCAGAAUCGCUCGCCAUCGUCUCGCUCAAGCGUGACCAGCAGGUGCCCGUGAUUCUGCGGGACCUCGCCCACGGCUCAAAGGACACGAUCACGAACACGCGCUUUGGCAGCUUUCCGCACAGCACGCUGCUCGGCAAGCCAUGGGGUUCGCAAAUCAUGGCGACGAACGUGAACGCGAAGGAGACGCGGAAGGGCAAGAAAAGGAAGCGGGAGGACGACAGCGAAGAGGCCCAAGGCGACGCCGACGACGAUGGCGGUGCGCUCCCGCCUGCGUACGAGGCGGCAUCACGUGGCUUUGCUCACAUCUUGCCGCCCACGCCCGAGCUCUGGACUGUCUCGCUGCCGCACAGGACGCAGGUCGUGUACACGCCGGACUACAGCUUCGUUCUGCAGAAGCUGAAGGCCGGACCGGGCGACUCUCUCGUCGAGGCCGGAGCCGGCAGCGGAAGCUUCACACAUGCUUCGGCAAGAGCCGUAUUCAACGGGCCCUCUCCCGGCGGCGAUCGCAAUGUAACGAAUGGUCAUGCGGCGAAAAAGCGGCAGAGGCACGGCAAGGUCUACAGCUUCGAGUACCACGAGCCCAGGGCGCGGCAGCUGCAACGCGAGGUGAUCGAGCACGGCCUUGAUGCUGUCGUCACGGUGACCCACCGCGACGUCUACGAGCGCGGCUUCUUACUCGAAGACGGCACGUCGCCGGAGGCCGACGUCGUCUUCCUGGACCUGCCUGAGCCGCACAAGGCUCUUGAGCGUCUCGUACGCUCUCCACCCGACGGUUCGGCGUCUCCUCUGAAUCCCCACGGCCCGGUUCGACUGUGCGCGUUUUCUCCGUGCAUAGAGCAGGUUCAGCAGACCGUGGAAGCCAUGCGGCGGCUUGGGUGGGUUGAGAUCAGCACAUUCGAACUUCAGCACAGACGGCUCGACGUGCGGAGAGAUCUGGUAAGCCUGAAGUACGAGGGCUUGCGAGGCGUGAAUGCAACGGCAGCCAAUGUGGAAGAGGCGAUGACCAAGCUCAAGGAGCUCGAGGCCAAGAUCGCUCAGUUUCACGAGACCUCGAAGCAGGAACAGACGGACGGCGAAAAGGCGGGGAAGCCAGCUAGGAAACAGGACGGUUCAGCUGUGGAGACGAAGCAGGAGAGACUGAACCGUAUCAAGGAAGAAGAUAAGACGAGAAAGGUUUGGCGAGAAGGCAGGCUGGUGCACAGAACCGAGCCGGACCUCAAAACGCACACUAGCUACCUGACAUUUGCUAUUUUGCCGCAAGCUUGGAACGAGGGGGAUGAACGUGGGAUCCUGCACCAGUGAUUCGAUAGCGUAACCGGAUGAUCGUCCAACAUGUCCGUUGACAACUAGGCCAAGCUACAGUGCACACCGUGCAAUGUUGGCCAGUCAUAAUACCCCUCCAGCCUAGCUAAUGCAAGUCAUUCAGAAGCAUGAUACAAUGAGACAUCCGCAGCCUUAAACUGA